AUGGUCAGGAAUCGCAAGGAUUCCGAGAUUGUUUCCGACCUCACGGCCACCGAGAACCAUCAGCCCAAGCAGACCUCGCCGGAAGACCCCCCUGCAUACUCUGGUAGUGAAUCGGAGGACCGUCGACUGAGCUUGGAGGCACGCAAUGAGAAGGCUAUCGAGCAGGAACCCGAUCAAGUCACCAAGAGUGCCCAUCUAGGUGUGCAAAAAGCCGAAGCUGCCGCGUUGGUAUGGAGCAAGAAGGCUGUCUACAUCACCUAUGCCUGGGUCUGGGUGUGUUUCUUCUUGCUGGCCUUGCAGAUGGCCAUUGGCACCUACGCCCAAGCCAAGGCCUAUGCCGACUUUCAAACCGCCCCGGCCAUCAGUACCGCUAGUAUCUUGGCCAGCAUCAUCGGCGGUGUGAUGAAGCUGCCUGUCGCCAAGAUCCUCAACAUCUGGGGUCGUUGUGAAGGUCUCCUCAUCUUCACCGCAAUCUACAUUCUCGGAAUCGUCAUCCUGGCCUCGUGCAACGGUCCCAGCAGCUAUGCCGCUGGUUACGUCAUCUACUACGUCGGCUACGAUGCUCUCUACAUCAGUUUGGAUAUCUUCGUCGCUGAUACCUCUGGUAUGAGGAACCGAGCCUUCGCCAUCGCCUUUGUCAGCACUCCCUUCAUUUGCACCGCCUUCACUGCUUCGCUGGCUGCCGACAGCUUCAUCUACCACACCGGUGGAUGGCGUUGGGCCUACGGUGCUUUCACCAUCAUCAUGACCGCUGUUCUGGUGCCCAUGGCUCUGGUCUUCAAGUUCUAUCAGAAGAAGGCCGAGAAGCUUGGUCUGUACAAGCACGAGCCCAGUGGCCGUACUUUUAUGCAGUCCACCGUCCAUUACAUCCAGGAAUUCGAUAUCGUGGGUGCCGUGCUCCUGAUGGCCGGUUGGAUUCUCCUCCUCUUGCCUUUCAGUUUGCAAACCGCCGGACGUGCCCAGUACAAGAGUGCCAGCUUCAUCGCUGAGAUCGUCGUCGGAGUCGUCGUGUUGGGUAUCUUUGCUGUCUGGGAGAAGUUCUUUGCCCGCGCGCAUUUCGUCAGCUAUGAAUUGCUCAAGAAGCGCACUGUCCUGGGUGCCUGCUUCUGCUCCGCCCUGAUCAACUUCAGCUUCUACUGCUGGGAUCUCUACUUCUUGUACUUCUGCUACGUCGUCUACGACCUCGACACCGCCAUGGCUGGUUACAUGACCCAGAUCUACAACGUCGGAUCUUGCUUCUGGGGUGUGGUCUUUGGUAUCUGGAUUCGCUACGUCAAGAGCUUCAAGUGGUCCUGCUUCUGCUUCGGUCUUCCGCUCCUCAUGUUGGGCGCUGGUUUGAUGAUUCACUUCCGUGGUGAUGGCGAAACCAACCAACUCCCUUACACCGUCAUGUGCCAGAUCUUCAUCGCUUUCGGUGGUGGUACCUUGGUUAUCGGUAACCAGAUGGCCGUCAUGGCCUCUUCUGACCGUGAGAACGUUCCCCUCAUGCUUGCCCUCAUCGGUCUCUUCGCCAGUCUGGGUGGUGCUAUCGGAAACGCUGUCUCUGCCGCCAUCUACAGCAAUACCUUCGUCGACGCGCUGACCUCUGCCCUUCCCGACGACCUCAAGGGCAACGCCACGCAAAUCUCCAACGGCGGUUGGGCCCUUCAGCAGACCUACCCCCUGGGCUCUCCAAGCCGUAACGCUGCCAACUAUGCCUGGGGUUACAGCCAGAAGUGCGGUGCCAUUGCUGCCACUGCCAUUCUGGUGCUUGCCUUCCCUUGCAUCGCCAUCUGGAAGAACUACAAGGUCGACAAGAGGCAGAACAAGGGUGUUAUGCUUUAA